AUGGCUACAGAAGAUACGGAGAUGGGUGGAACUUCUGUUGUGCCUUUGCACGAAGAUACUUAUCGAAGUUUUGACUUUCCACCAUUGCUACCAUCGCCAUCAUCAUAUAUCUCAGAGGUUGCCAUAGAUGCUAAUAAGAAUCCUCCUUUGGAUAAAACCUCAAGCGCCUCAGUUUCUUUUGAAUCCACAGAGUUACUCGCAGAUCCGCUAAUCUGGAGAAAGACGAAGAAGGAAACGAACGGUGUCAAGCCUCAUCCUAACUCCAUCAUGCUUCUCUUAACCUUGACAACAAUACCUCAACAUACAGGAGUUUCUGCGACCAAUCACAGCAACCUUGCCGGACUUUCAACUGCACCUUUGCAGUCCGAUUCUCUAGCUCCCACUGUAGGAGUUCAAUCGCGGAAGAGUAUUACUGAGAAUCAAUACCAGAAUGAAAAUGUGACAUCUGAAUAUGAUAAGUUGAGUGCGAUUAUUGAUAGACAUCAUGCAGGUUUUCCAACAGUUCGGCCGUCUCCAUCUCUGCCUUUACCAAUUACGAGCGGUGGUUCAAGUAAGAACCUGAUUAGUUCCAAGGACGAAUAUCUCGGCCCAUUGACAAUAUCUGGCCGCCCGGGUUUAUUUGCGACCUUGCGUAAGAAGUAUGCAAAGGUCACAGGAUCGUCUUCCCUUCCGCCAACCGAACAAAUUGGCUUGAAUUUUGAUGCAGAUAUCACUACAUACAAACCACUUGAAUUAUCAAAGGCAUGGAGAGUAAUGAGAGUAUAUGAAUUGUUGCUCAGGGCUGUUGCAAACACCGAACCUGGCAAUGUUGAAGGCCGUGUCGAAAUUCUCAACUUCUACUUACAAGAGUACCCUUUGCAACGCUUGGUAAUUUUAAAGGCUCUUGAAAACGUUGGGCACUAUUUUCCCAAAUUCUCCAAAGCUAUGUCUGUCCAUUCAAGUAAGCCACACAGAGAGCAGUGGAAGCUAAGUGAUGAUUUCAAAAAAGAGAACCCGAUACCUCCAAUUAUACGUCCUCUGCUACCCUUCGCAUCUAUAGCAGCCAGCUACAUCAGAAAUACUAAGUCUACUCGUCGAGGGGGAACAUCAUCACUGCACACCUACAAAGAUCACCAUUACCACAACGGCCUCAGAUGCAAAAUCGAACAUGAAAAUGAAAGCUUCCCAUUGGGUUUCAAUCCAACUUUAAUGCACACUCUCGGAAAAUGCUGCAGACAACGUCUCCGAAACGAGAGGCAUGAGAGACAUAAGGUAUACAAGAAGCAGGCCAAGAAGGGAUUGUCGCAUGUACAUAGAAAUCCUAUCUUGUCCGAAGAAAUCAUCAAGGAAUGUGGAGGAGAAACUUAUGCAGAGCUGGUGGGAAGAGUCGACAUGGAUGAUAUGAGAAAUGCUGCAUAUUGGGAGAUGACCACUCGACAAAUUGAGGAGAUGCCUACUCGAAAAGAUAGAUAUUCCGUUUUCAAGAAACGUCCGUCGCCAUUAAGGAAGGAAUUGCCAAAAUUAGACAAUCAUUGGAUUCCUGACUCUGUGAUGCCAUAUAUGAAGAUAUCUGGACAGAUAAUCAAGUUCGAAUCAGAAAUCGUGCGAGCCAACAAGCGCAAGCAGGAUACUGAUAAUGAGGCAGAGGGAGAGGAAAGAGAAAUGUAUGAAUCUCGAUGCAAAGUUAGAAAGCUCGAUUCUGAGAAAGUGGAAGCUCGGAUGGCCCAAUGGGAGAGGGAAUACAACACAGCGAAAAAACAGAUUCUGAAGGAACAUGAGGAAGAGAUGAAAAAAGAAGAAGAAGAGAUGCGGAGAUUAAAAGAAGAAAAGAAAGCUGAAGAGGAACGGGAACGAUUAUGGGAAGCGCAAGAGAAGAGAAUUAUAGAGAAGGAAAUCCAGAGAAAGGAAAAGAAUGAGCGAUUGCGUAUGGAGCGAGAGCGUGCAAAGGACCGUGCGAAGGACGGACGGGAGAGGCGGAAAGAAAAGAGAGACCGUUUGAGAUGGGAAAAUAGGGAGAGAUCUGAUUGUCGUGUUACACAAGCAUGGAUAGAUCUGGGUGCUGAUAUGGCUCGUGUUGGAAGUUGGGAUUGA